AUGCGUACUAUACAUACUAAUCUGAUUCCAAUAAGAAAUGGAUGUGAUGAUAUUAUAGUUGAGGAUAUUGAAGCUGUUGAUUUAUAUCUACCUCAAUAUGAAUCUUUAGCACAACUUCUUCAUGAUGAAUUACCAAUUGAGAUAUUUAAUGAAUUGCAUUUUUUGCCUGAUCCUGAACCGUCUAUUGCUAAUCCUGAUCACUAUAAGGAUUUUUUAAGUGUAUAUGGUACUCAAACAUCUGAAAGUUUUGUUCAAGUAAAGUGGGAUAACUAG